AUGGACAACGGACAGUUGCCCAAUUCCUUAGGAGAUGUUGAAGUGCUCAUUACUCAACUGUAUCGCCCCGGUGCCCCAGAAAAAAUCGCCCAGAUCCAGGAGACCCUCCAACGACUCCAGCGCUCUCCUGACGGCUGGCAGCUAGCAACAAGCCUAUCCGAGCACCAAGAUGAGCAAGUGAGGUUCUUUGCCGCCCUGACUUUUACCGUCAAGCUCAACACUGAUGCAAAAUCUUUGAGUGAUGAAGAUGCGCAAGCUCUGCUUCAAACCCUCAUCGGCUGGCUGAUCCGCUGCCUGCAAUGCUCUGAGGGCGCUCUUGUCGUCAGGAAGUUGUGUUCAACCCUGGUGGCGUACUUUCUUCAGUUUUCCAUGUCGUGGGAAAAUUGCGUGAAGCAUUUAAUGCUCUGCUUGUUUGCGAACGAGGCACUUCCAUACUCGGCCGUAGAAAAUGCUCAAGACGCCUCGGUUAUGGUCGAGAAAAUCUCCAAAUCCCAACCCAGCCGCGGUGUCUCCAAGUCCGUAGCCCUCCUCUGGUUUGCUGCUACGCUAGUUGAGGAAGUUGGAAAGACGGACUCGAAUUCCAUGAAACAGCAUAAAUUCCACCGCAGUGUUCUACCUAAUGUUGAUUAUGUGGUUCCGCUGAUAUCAAAGUACAUUUCCGACAGCUCAGCGGAUAUGAAGACCAGGCAAGAAGCUAUGACAUGCUUUCAGUCUUGGGUUUCUUACUCACACCGUGCUUUCGUUGAUGAUGCCAUCUUGCUUGACCCACUACAGGCACUUACACAAACAGCAAUCAUGUGUCUAGGAGAGGAUGAUCUUUACGAGAUUACGAUUGAGCUCCUCUCGGAUACCCUCACCAAUUACUCCAAGUUCCUACUCAAAGAGGACUUGACGACCCUGAAAGCUUUGUUCAACAGCCCUUGGGCUCAGGAACGCUACCAGCGUCUGGUCAAGGGAGACUUCGACUUCGAUUCUCUCCAAUUUGGAAUAUUUAUGAUUGCUUUUGGCGAUGCGACUGUCACGAACUUGGCUCGAAAUUGCGGCAAUGAUCCCCAGUCAUACCAGUAUUUGUCUGCUCUCUGCGGCCUCCUUAGCGCCGAGGGCUACGCUGUCCAUGAGGAUAAGAUCUAUGUACCGGCCCUGGAAUUCUGGACUACCUUCGUGGAAACCAUGCUAGACGAUUCCUACACUAACGAAGACGAAAAACCCGCGUGGUUCCCUGCUGCCCAAGAGCUUGUCAAGCAAGUAAUCCAAAAUUGUUGGCUCAAGAGCCAAUUUCCGCCUUCCAGUGAGUACAAUUCUUGGGACUCUGCGGAUCGUAUUGGCUUCAAAGAUGCCCGAAGAGAUUUCUCCGAUCUACUUCAACAAUUCUAUCUCACGACCGGUAUUCCUCUGCUCCAGGUAUUCAUCGAUCUUCUCCAAAACUCUGCCACGUCAAAGAACUGGGCAGAGGUCGAAGCCACGACUUACUGUUUGUCCUGGUUUCCAGAUUGCAUAUUCGAAGAUCCACAGCGGUACUACUAUUUGGACAAAGUAUUCACGCCAUAUUUUAUCUCCUUGUUUUCGGAUUUCAAUGCUGAGGUUCCGACACGGGCCAUGAAAGGUUUUCUAGAUCUCAUCAAUGUGUACACAGAUUACUUCUACAACAGGCCUUCGAGUCUACCGGGAAUAUUGAACAUUGUAUUUGGCGCCGCUGGCGUGCCGUCGCUGGCCCGGACCGCGUCAAAGUCAAUCAUAAAGCUGUGCUCAGAUUGUCGGACCAUACUCAUUCCUGAGCUCGCUGCAUUUCUUCAUCACUGUGGCAAUAUUGCUUCGAAUUACUCACUUGAUGGGACUAUCAAGGAGGCAGUGAUGGGAGGAAUAGCUUCCAUCAUCCAAGCGCUAGACAGCGACGAAGCAAAGCUUGCUCCGCUCGAGCAGUUGCUCGACUAUGUCCAAUCGGACGUGGAGAAAUGUCUAGAACUCUCAAACCAACCUCCAAAUUCAGGACUUACAGCUUUAGAUCUUGGGACGAUAUCCCUGAAGUGUCUCGCAGGCAUUGCGAAGGGCAUUCAGACACCUUAUGAAUUUCCUGUACACCUUGACAAAGUCGCUGUUCCGUCGUCUCAUUUUUGGACGUCAGGAAACGGAUCCCAUGUCCAGCAGAGAGUCUACAUGAUGAUGGACCGAAUGUUCGAUGUCCUUGGAAACAACGGUGAUGUCGUUGACGAAACAUGCACCAUCCUAAGGAAUGGGUUCAGAGAAGAAGAGCCAGGCCCAUUCGUCCUCCCAGCAAAAUUGGCAGCGCAGUUCCUGAUGAAGUCAAACUUACAGACACCACGUUUAGGCCGGGUCAUCAACACAGCUGCCUCUCUGAUCGCGUCGCACAUGUUGGAUGCAGAUAUCGAAGAGAUUCUCGAUACACUCCUGAACUGGGUUGCACAGAUCUUGCACGACCUUGAAGGGCCCGGCAGCGACCCCGAAAUCGCCCAAGCAGCAAUCGAGUUCCUCCACCGCAUCCUCUUCAGAUUCCCACACAUCCUCCUCCGCCACCAACCGCCCUCCUCUCUUGAGUAUCUAUUCAUGUUUGUCCUCAAGGCUCUGGCCGGCACCGAUCCCUUGCCCAAAGCCUCCGCCACCGACUUCUGGGCCACCUUUAUUUCCAUCCAAGACUCCACUCUCCAAAGCUCGAUUGAGAUCGCAGUCCAACAAAUCGGCCCACUACUAGCUCAAGCUCUGAUCUAUAAUGUUGGCGGCCAUGCUGCGCGCAGCGAUCUGGAGAAGCUAUGUCAUCUGAUCAGGAAGCUGGUAGUGAGGCAGGUGAAUGCGAAGUCCUGGCUUGAGGCUGCGUUGAUGGGAGAUACCUUUCCGAGCAGUACGGUGACCGAGAAGGACAAAAAUUUGUUCCUAACGAAAGUUGUGAAUCUCCGAGGUGCAAGGCCAACGAAUCAAGUAAUCCGAGACUUUUGGCUACUGUGCAGAGGCUCCAAUUUCGCCUAUGCCUCAUAA